AUGAAGCAGUUCUUUGGUUUCUAUAUUUUUGCCACAAUGUUACUUGUUUGGAUGUGUCCAGCUAAGGGUUUUGAUCAUGCCAAAGCUCCAGGGGACAUUAUUAUUGGCGGAUUGUUCCCAAUACACGAAAGUCCACACAAGGAUGGCCCCGGUGCAGGGGUCUGUGACAGGUAUGUUUUUGUAUCCUGGUGUUAUUAUGGGGCUAUGACUGCAGUAUUUACAGGUAUCAGUGAGAGAUAAUGUCACAUUUUUUAUCACUCAGGUACAGUAAAUCCCGGCUUAUCCAGUCUUUGGCAAUGAUUCAGGCAGUGGAGGAGGUAAACAAGGGGCAUGAGUUGGGAAAUUUAUCCCUUGGAUAUCAUAUACUGGACUCCUGUGGUGAUGUUACCACAGCUCUGAAAAACGCCCUGUCCUUUAUGAAGCUAAACAGUGAGUACAACAUCUGAAAUUCAACUUUUUUUUUUUUUCAGAUGGUGAAUAUGUUGUUUAAUAAUGAAAAAUGAUAAAUAAUGCCUCCAUGCUGUUUACCUGUAGUCCAUCAGAAACUUAUAUUUUUGUCAUUCUGUUACCAAGAAAAGUUAUAUCAUAAACAGUAUAUGAAUGUGCCCAAAGAUGUUUUUAGUUGUGUGACGUGCUAAUCAGAAAUAACACCUGCUGUUAUGGGUUUUUGACCAAUCAGAAUCAAGUAUUCAAAAAAUUCACAAGAGUUAACAUUGUGAGACUGCUCGGAAUCCAAAAGACAUGUUUAUUUCCUCUUUUGCAUCAAAGCUCCCGUGAAAAACCUUCGGUUUGCAAAAUGGGUAAAUUAAAAAAAUUUAUAAAACUAGUCAUUACUUGGAAAUUUUUUUUUUUUUUUUUUUUUUUUUGGGUGGGGGGGGGGGGGGACAUUUUCUCCCUAAAUAUUUAUUUAGAUUCAGACAUCUGGAGGAACGGUGUGGAGCAGCCCUACCCACCUGUGCUGGCUGUUGUUGGUGCUGUUUACUCUGAGAUAUCCAUAGCUGUUACAAGGCUGCUCAACCUGGAGGAAAUCCCUCAGGUAUCACUGAGCCUAAAGACCCUCUCUGAAUUCAAAAAGGAUAAAUUUUACAUGAUAGACAAGAGAUGGAUAAUGCUGAAUCACCCGUUUAUGUAAAUGACUCUAGUGUGACUGAUUUUUUUCUCUGCUGAUUCCACAGGUUAGUUAUGCUUCAACUUGUGGUCAGCUCAGUGAUAAAACCCGUUUUCCGAGUUUCAUGAGGACCGUACCAGAGGAUGACUACCAAGUUCGAGCCAUCAUUGAAAUUCUAAAAAACCACAGCUGGACCUGGGUCGGUUUAGUGGCAACUGACAGUGAGACUGGUAGUUACGCAGUUCAACGCCUCCAGUGGCAUGCAAAGCGCAACAACAUCUGCUUUGCCUUCAUCAGUAUACUCCCAGAGGUUUUGACUGACACGUCACUGCAGGAUGACAUCAAGGAUACAGUCAAAAGCAUCACCGAAAAUCAGAAUGCAACGGUCAUUGUGUCCUUCGCCAAAGUCGACCAUAUGAUUGAUCUCUUCAAGGGUCUACUGAAGGACCCCCGAGGCAGAGGGAGAGUUUGGGUGGCAAGUGAUUAUUGGUCAGGAUCGAAGAGAGUGCUUAACAUCUGGAGUUUGAGAAUGGCGGGAACAAUCUUAGGGAUCAUUCUGAAAUCUGGGAACACAACCAAGUACAAGGAGUAUCUCAGAAACCUUGAUGUAAACCCUGACCACCACAAGAACAACACAUUCUUACAUGACUAUUUAGAGAAAAAGCAGAAACAAGAGGUGGGAAAAUGGAGACCAUGGAAACCAGGGAGGCCUGGGAAGCUGGAGACAGCCAAUGAGGAAUUAAUGAGGAAGAUACAUCCCUCUGUAGCCAAUGUGGAGCUGGCAGUUAGAGCUGUUGUUCAAGCUAUUUCAGACCUCUGUGUCAACAGGGACUGCAAGACAACCCAGAGAUUACAGCCCUGGGAGGUGAGUGGAUUCACACACCUGUCACUCAUGUACCGGAACAUGACAGAAACACUCUUGUCAGCAGUUUUUAUACUAAAACACCUAUAAAACGUUUUACAGUUUCAAACAUUUGUAUCUGCAGGUACUAGGAGCCUUGAAAACAGCGACAUUCUACAUGGAUGGUAUACCCUACAAGUUUGACAAAAAGGGUGACCUCAAUACAGGAUAUGAUGUCGUCCUGUGCAGGGAGAUGCAAAACUCUCUGGAUGUGAACUACGUUGUUGCUCAGUAUUCGAUACAAAACCAGAGUCUGACUUUCAUCUCCAAGAAGACGUUAAAAGAUUACCAAAGGGUCACAGUAAGUAUUUGCUCUCCUGAUGGGUGUCACCAAACAGUUCUCCUCCUGUUUGUCAAAGCACUAAGGAGGAGAUUUUAAAUGGUUAGGAAAGGGACUGAUAUUAUUCAUGCUAAUGUCUCUACAUGACCCCAAAACAGCAAAGAAGUCUCUCAGGGUGGACAUCAACUCUGUAGCUAUGACUGCAAAGUUGGGACGCUCCCAUGGACUGUAUAUAGAAUAGACGCUGUCUGCCUCUUUGCUGUGUGAAUCCACCGUGAGAACAGCACCCUCUAGUGACGGGCUGCAGCAUAGGUCAUAAAUCCCGCCUCCUCCAGCAAUGCCUAUGGAGCUGUGGACAAACUUUAGAAACUAAUUACACAGAAUAAAAAUGUUUCUCUCCCCUGGUUGCAAUGUUGACAUGUAGUUACUGUAACCGCCAAUUUCCACCGCAUCCAAAACGUCUCAGAUCCGGAAUGGCUGCAAUUCUCACCGUCCACCAAUUCUUACCAGAUCUGUUUGUGAGGUGAAUUUCGUGGCGGAUUACUGACAGCGGGAACCAUGAGACCUCACAAGAAAUCGCGGAUUAACGUGCAAUCAUGUGAUAACAAGUUUUCUCUAUACAGACAGCAACAUAACCAUAUAAGCAGUGGAUUACGUCCUUCCAGAGGAGGAAAUCCACCUCUAGACUUCUAAAACCAGCAUCUCUUCAUCCAUGGCGUCAACGGGGUUAAAUGCUGUCUAAAAACCUUUCACUUGUUUGUCUCCGCCUGUUUGCAUGGUGUGAAUUACGAUCCGUCUGAAACAUGUAGUGUUUGACUUUGAAAAGAAGCCGGAUGUUUUAUUUUGCGUCCUUUCCAGCACGGACUAAUCUGUGCUGAAUUUAUGCUGCAUGCUCCGGCGUCCGGGAAAAAAAAAGGACUCUUGCCAUCAGCUGCGGAGUCCACCGAUGUGGUCACUUAUGGUCACUGGUACAUCCCCAGUUUUAGGAUUCAGAUUUCUUGAAUCUGCUUUGCUAUGCAGUCUAAACUUUGUAAGACAUUUUUCAAAGUUGAGCUUCAUUUUAUUCUCCCAACUAAGGAACAAAAAUAAUGAGGACACUUCCUUUUCUCAGACAGGAGUGACUUCCAGGUGCUCACACAGCUGUUCUCCAGGCUACAGAAAGCAUUCAGCCCAGGGUCAGCCUGUUUGUUGCUACGAAUGCCAUAAAUGCCCUCUGGACUACUUCUCCAACACCAGCGGUAUGUAUCCAAACCUGGUAAAUAUCAAUAAUACUGAUGAGAUAUACAGUCUAUUAGAGAGAAAAACACAUUUUCAAGUCUAAAGGAGAGGGUUCAUCUACUUUACUAAUCAAAAUGAGCGUUUGCCUACUGUUUGCAGAUUCUGCGGAGUGUCAUCAGUGUAACACAACCACUCAUUACUCUGCUGAAGAAGGUGACAGAUGUCUUCUCAGGGACGUUGUCUUUUUGAUGUGGGACAGUGAUUAUCAGGAAAUACUGUUAGGAUUUACCUGUCUUGGAAUUCUGCUUACCAUUAUUGUUGGGAUCAUCUUCUUUGCACACUGGAAUACACCCGUUGUUCGUGCAUCUGUGGGGCCGAUUGGCGUCCUCCUCCUCUUCUCACUCUUGAGCACAUUUGCGAGCGUGAUACCAUUUGGUGGAGAGCCUGUGGACUGGCGCUGCCAAACACAGCAGGUCCUGUUUGGUUUGAGCUUCACCUUGUGUGUCUCCUGUAUCAUGGUCAAGUCCUUUAAGAUCAUCAUGGCCUUUGAGUUCGACCCCAGCACCCAGAGAGUCCUGAGGAAGCUUUAUCAGCCAUACCUAAUUAUUGCCGUGUGCAUGUUGGUUCAGGCACUCAUCUGUGCCCUGUGGCUUGCCCUCGAGCCCCCAAAACCCGAAUUGAAAAGGACAGACAGAAAAGUGUCUCUGCACAGGUGCCGUCUGACAUCGUACCUCGCAUUUGGUGCCAUGUUGAGCUACAUUGGCAUUUUGGCUCUCAUCUGCUUUGGUCUUGCUUUCAAGGGCAGAAAACUGCCUCAGAGUUACAAUGAUGCAAAGUUCAUUAUUUUCAGCAUGCUCAAUUACUUCAUCUGCUGGAUCAUUUUUGGCCCAGUUUAUGCCAAUAGCACAAACCAGUACCGCCCAGCCGUGGAGAUGGCCGUCAUUCUCAUCACAGCUUAUGGCGUCCUGUUCUGUCAGUUCAUCACAAAGUCUUAUAUCAUUCUGUUCAAGCAGAAAGCAAACACCCAGAGCGCUUUCCUCCAAGAUGUCCGAAACUUUACAAUGCGUGGUAGUAUUGAAGAGAAAGAUGGAGAUUUUGUCCCAUCUUCAUUGAGCUUGGAAGGAAUCCAAAACCCAGCUUUAGAUACGGAGGUCCCCGCAUCAAAUCCAGCGAGUAAUCAAAGCCAGUAA